AUGGGGUGUCUGGAGGAAGUCUUCCAGGCAGAGAGCAGUAUGUCCGGCGUUUUUGAGGACCGGCGAGGAGGCGAGAGAGGCUGGAGGGGGGCGCCGGCUCCGCGCUGCGCGUGCGCACUGGCCCUGGCGUGCCUCGUGUCGCUGCUGCUGUGGCCCGAGGGCGCCCUGGGGGAGGAACUGCAAGUGCAGCAGUCGUCCAGACCCAGGGUGGCCAACUGGCUGGCCACCUUUGAAAGCCAGAUCAACAAGUACGCGAAGAAGCUCUUCCACACCAGGCUGAGGAAAUCCAAAGACCAGAAGAAAACCGCGAACGCCACGAAACCGCCCCCAGGGAACACCACCAAACCCUCCCCACCGACAGCCACGAAACCCCAGCCGUUGAUUGUCGUGGAGCCCCGACCCCCGACCUCCUCCCGGGGCCCCAGGUAGGAGGGCUUGGACACUGCUGCUGGGAACUGGAGGCAGCUGGGGACAGCGAGAGGAAGCUCGGGGUGGGGGCUUGGGGAAGAUACCGGGACCCCCUGGACUUCCUUCUCCAGGCUGGGCUUUGGCCUCCGGACGCCUGACCCGGGUGUCGCUGUCCCCCUGCCUCUUUAUAUUGUGAGAGGGAACUCAACUCCCCACCCCCAGAGUGAGAACAAUAAAGAGAAACACAAUCUCUA